AUGAUAGACACUCAAAAGCUUCACAAAUGGUACAACGGCCUCUAUUCUCGUACAUUGGACCUUGUUGGCGACUAUGCUGGAGAUGAGCUCUUCAUCCUUGAAGGAGACUCUUUGCUCCUGCAUUGCUUUUCAGAUGACCAGAUAGACUUUACCAAUGGUUUCCAGCUACUCCAUGCGACAUACCUGGUGGAGAAAUUUCUGGCACAACUCCACCAACGGAAGUAUCCGUACUUCUUAAUGUGCCAUGAUGGAGCAUCCUCAGGGGCACAUGCCGGGAGACGUCCAGGGUUGACGUUAGAGAAUCUUGAGUUGUCAUCAUCAGAUGAUGAUUCAAAUCCCUCGGACGUUGAAGAGCCAGGGAGCGAGAUAGCUACCAGGGAAACUGGCGUUAUGUUUCGGUCUAUGAUACACCAUUUCAUUUGUCGGGGAUACAAUAUCUCACUGAUAAACAGCUUGGAGUGCCGGGACACGAAAACUCUGAGAGCACUUCUGCAGCCAAGCUACCGACAUAGCUUUUCUCCAACGGUGUUAUCGCAACUUGAAGUCUUCGAGUCGCUCGUUAAAGACCUCUGUGAAGUGGAUCUAGGAUUUGAGCAGCGUCUCGGCUUUAACAUAACAACCCGAGCCAGUAAAUGCUGUACUGGAUCAGAGCGCCCUGCGGGCAAAACAGCAAGAUUGAAGGAUUGCAAGAGCAAUGAACAGAGUAAUAUUCCAAUUGCGGUGUUACCGUUCAGCAAUCCCGUAUUAGAUCCGCAUCUGAGCCCUGUGUCUCUUGCCAUCGACCACUCUGCUGGCAACUUGGUUGACGUCGCGAUAUCAAGAAUAUCGGAGGAACUUAGUCACUGGCAUAAUCACAGAAAGACGCUAGACACAAAGACUAUCCAUAAAUUAACAGGAUGGCAGCUUCGACGUAAUCAGUUCUUCAUGGCCGAAAUGAGACAAUAUGCUGCCAGUCUUACGAAUUCCACAGGGGGCAUCUUGAAGCCAGAGACAGUAUUUGUUCAAUCCGAAAACAACAACCAACACAGGCAAAUACAGACGUCGAGAUCUGGCAUGAAUGAUGGGCUUGAGGGCUUACAGUUAACAAAGAAUCGUUCUACGCAAAAAAGCUCUCGUUCUAAAAUUAGGCCUUCAUCAGUUAGGGAUCAAGCAGCAGCUCAGCAGUUGAUAAAACGAGAUGAGGCGAUUAGCAGACACUGGAAAUCAUGGCGAGUCAAGAUUCUGGAGCUCGACCAGGAGCACAACUAUGCUGCACGUUAUGUGAAACUCAAACAGUACCUGCAAGCUCUCUCGAAUGAUAAAAGAAGUGCCAUAGAAUCAGAGGUUUUGACUUAUGGGCUCAGCACAUUAGUUGUUUUAUGGAUAGAUAAGUGCAGCAGCAACAAAAGAGAUCGCUCCAUGUCAGUUGCAGCACUUAUUUGGGCCACGACCUGUGAAAUUGCGAGGAAAAAACAUGAUGUAACUGAGGACAUAGCCAAGUGCUUACAGGGCACUAUAAGCAAACUUGGCCUUCCGGCUGUGGAGAUCUCAGCUCGAAGCAAACGACCACUUUCCUUUCAGUUUGCAGCAAUUACCUCCACUAAAGUUGAUGUCAACAUCGGUUUAUCUACACUCGAAUUUCAAUUAACUCAAGCUGGGCCAUACCUUGAUCGGAGUAUGGGCUCCGCACCAGAUCCUCGUGUUUAUGACUUUGAGCCCGAUAAAUGGCAACGGGAGAUCUUGGACCAAAUCGAUGCAAGAAAGAGUCUCUUCGUGGUGGCCCCGACAAGCGCAGGAAAAACAUUUAUUUCUUUCUAUGCAAUCAAGCAAAUCUUGGAGGACGAUAAUGAAGGAGUCAUUGUCUAUGUCGCCCCUACGAAGGCUCUUGUCAAUCAAAUUGCCGCCGAAGUCCAGGCAAGGUUCUCUAAAAACUUCAAAGAGACUGGGAAAGGCAUCCCUAAUGAUUUGACCCUGGAACCACGUGACUGUUGGACGCUUUGGAAUGCAAUGGAGAAGUAUAAGACAGCACAAUUUCCAGUUGACGAAUCGUUGAACCCUUCGCUUGCUCUUCCAGCCUUUAUUUGCAAAGCAAAUAUCAUCCAGUGGGAGGCUAAGCUGAAAGCUCUCCUCAAGUGUUGGAUGAAUGAUGAUAAGUCACCAUUUGACGCAGUCUUGAAUGAGCUGUCAUACGAGCUUCAGAUCAAAGGCCAAGAAUCAUUUCAGGUGUCGUCAGGUAUAAUUAGCCAAUCGGACAAUAAACGCGAACUCAAGAGAAACAGCAUUCUCGAUACCACUCUGCCACUAAUUUGUUCGCUCCAUGACCAAGGUGCACUUCCUGCCCUUUUCUUUAACUAUGAUCGAAGUCAUUGCGAGCGAAUCUGCCAUCAUCUUCUCAGCCAAUUAAAAGAAGAGGAGAGCCGGUGGAAAGCUUCCAGUUCAGCCUGGGCAAACGAUAUCCUUGGCUGGGAGGAAUGGAAAACAGAAGAGACACGUUCUAGAACGCAGAAAAGAAAAGAAACUGGGAGGAAUUCUAAGGUAUCGAAGGACGAGCAAAUGCGUGAAACGGCUUCUGUAGAGCCAAGCAAAUAUAGCUCCUUUGACCCUGAAGCCCCAAUUUCCGGGUUUCACCUGGCGGAUAUGAAAAAACUUUUGCCGUCGGAAUUUGAAGAGUAUGCAACAGAACUGAGGCAGCGGCUCAUACCAGAAUGGCUUAUCGAAGCUUUAAGACGAGGUAUUGGCGUUCACCACGCGGGUUUGAACCGCAAGUACCGCCAUGUGUGUGAGAUCCUCUUCCGAAGGGGCUAUCUACGCGUGGUUAUUGCAACAGGAACGUUGGCCCUCGGUAUCAAUAUGCCUUGUAAGACAGUUGUUUUUUCGGGUGAUUCGGUUUUCCUGACAGCUCUUGGCUAUCGUCAAGCAGCUGGUCGAGCUGGUCGUCGUGGGUUCGACUUCCUGGGAAACGUCGUCUUCCAAGGAGUCACCUAUGCAAAGGUCUGUCGUUUGCUCAGUUCGAAGCUUCCAAAUCUCAACGGACAUUUUCCAAUCACGACCAGCUUGGUCCUACGCUUGUUCAUCCUACUUCAUGAAUCUAAGCAAAGCCCAUACGCUGUGAAAGCGAUCAACUCAAUCCUUUCAUGCCCACGUAUCUACCUUGGCGGGCCAGAGUCGAAACAUACAGUUCUUCACCAUCUCCGUUUCUCAAUUGAAUACCUUCGGGGAAACUACCUUUUGGACCAAGGCGGAGCACCACUGAAUUUCUCCAACACAAUAGCCCACCUCUAUUAUACUGGAAAUUCCAGCUUCGCCUUCCACGCACUGCUCAGCGGAGGGUACUUCCAUGACCUUUGCAGAGACAUCCGCCAUAAACCUAAGCAAGUGCUUCUGGCAUUAAUGCUGGUCAUGUCACACCUGUUCGGUCGCCAAAACCUUAGACCGGCUAUCUUAGAAUCACAACAAAAAGCAACCAAAAGCUCAACAUCAGUGGUAGUCCUCCCGCCGAUGCCCAAGAAGGCAGCGCAAAUCCUGCAUUCUCACAACGAGAAGACAUUAAAUAUUUACUCAGCCUACGUCACAACAUAUAUCAACCAGCACAUCAAAGACGCAGACUGCUUUCUACCUUUAACCAACUGCAAAUGCGGAGGCGAUACGUCCGCCAAGGAUAUCAACCCAUCAAUGCCAUUCCUCCCUCCCACACAAGUUACUUCCGCCUUCGUCGCCCUAUCCGGUCACCGCGAUAGAUGGAACAGUAUCCCCGAGCUUUGCAAAAAUGUCCGAAGUGGCGUAUGGCUCGAGCAAGCCGUUGUUCCUUACGUUGGACUAUACCCUAAGGAAGGAAAACUCCCCUUGAACGCGUACUUACUCGACUUCUUCAAGCAUGGCAACGUGCAUGCCCUCGAGAAGGACAACAGGGUCCGCAAGGGUGACAUUUGGUUUGUUCUAAACGACUUUUCUCUCGUUUUGGCUACCAUCGUUACUAGUCUUGAGAACUUCCUCAAACUAUCCCCUAACACUGACCCGGAUCUAUUAGAUAUAAUGGGUAGCGGCGACGCCCAUGAAGAAGAACUAGAUAUAAGCUUCGCAAAAGAAAAAGUCUCCGAGCCCGAAAAUAAACCUCUCAAGUCAAGCAAAAAUAAGACAAAAGGACUUCCAAAACAACCUUCUCCGUCCAUGCCGGUCAAAGUCAAAAAGCCUAAAGUGGCCGAGAGCUGGGAAGACGAAGUGAGUGACGAUGAGCCGAACCCAGAGGAGAAGGAAGAAACCACCACAGACCUUGCCCAAGAGACUCCCGGUAAUCUGAAGAGAAAGACAAGGAAGAAAAAUACUAGCAUUCACGCACAAAGCACGAAUGUGAUUGACCACGACUCUUUUGGGAGUAUAGUCCUAGACGGACAGGGCGUCUCUCUAGUCCUAGAAGCCUUCAGAAUGCUCCAGGCUGAGUUUAAUGACAAAUUCAAAGCAAUGUGGGCAUAA